GAAGUCGCCAUGUUGGGUGUUUGUGCGAGGGUGGAAGUUAUGCGGUAGGUUUUCAAUUCCUGCCAGGCAUUGUCACCGUUCAGUGGAGUUGGAUAAAAGACUGGGAUCUUGGAGUUUAUCCUACGGUGUUGGUUGAUUUUUUAAUCAACCAUGCCGUUAAUAAAACGACAGGUCAGUCCGUCCGAAUUAAGUCGUGGAAAGUUAGAAGAUGGGUUUAAGAGUGAAUUGGAAGCGGUGUCUGUAAACACGUUAUGUGGAAUCAUGCGACAACUUAGUAGCAUUUCUAAACACGCAGAGGACCUUUUUGGAGAGUUAUUUGCAGAAACGAAUAAUAUCUUUCAAAGAACGAACUCCCUUCAUGAAAGAAUGCAGAAUUUGUCCAUUAAAGUGACACAACUGGACUCCAAUGUGGAAGAAAUUUCUUUACAAGACAUAAACUUGCGCAAAGCCUUCAGGAGUACAAUUGUGACAGAACAACAGGUUCUGGCAAGCAGCACUCUUCCCUCAGCAAUGAAGGAGAGGUACAGUGGUUGUGACAAACCUCCAAGACUUCAAGAUAUGAAUCCUUACAGAGAUGACAAAAAGGAUGCACUCAAGUUUUACACUGAUCCAACUUACUUCUUUGAGCUAUGGUGUGAAGAGAUGAGAAAAGAAGUAGAGAAAAAGAAGAAAAGAAGGCGGGCUGGCCGGGUGAGGGCUGGAACCAGCGAGAAAAAACCUGUCAAGGCUGUGAAGAAGAGAGUCUACUGUGCACAAGGUGAGGAAUUUAAAACUGCUGGCAUUGCUACAACAACACCUACUACUGUUACAGAAGAUAAUCAUAAGCCUGAAAGACGUAAUACAGAGUACUCUAAACAGCCUAAUGGUGGCAUCCCUGAUGGUGAACCACCCAAUCAUAUCAUCAGUCCAGGUGAUGGAGCAGGAAAAUCAGGUUCUCCAGCUCAGCGAAGACAGUCUAGACGGUACACUGGUAAUAACAUAAACCGUCCAAAUGUAGCACCACCUCCCCCACCAGUCCCAGCAAUUGGGGGUGGGCCUCCUCCUCCUCCAGCUCCUAAUGCAGCACCUGCUGGAAAUGCAAUUCCUCCACCACCACCGCCACCAGGGGUUCCUGCAGCUCCUCCCCCUCCACCACCACCUCCCUUACCAGGUGCAGGAGGAAUGCCAUCUCUAAAGCAAGCUGCAUCUCAGUCUUCUGUUGGGUUACAGCCAACAAUCUCACCAUCUUCAAAUUCACUGACAACCUCAGAGUCAAGUAUAAGUGUUCAAAGUGGAGACACACCCCUCCCUCCUAAGGAACAAGUUGAUGCUCGCAGUGACUUACUGUCUGCCAUCAGAAGAGGUAUGGAGCUCAGGAAAGUCCAAGUUCAGGAAGCAAAGAAAGAGCAGCACAGUGACACAAACGGUAUCAUGGAUGUGGCGACCAUCUUGGCUCGUCGUAUUGCAGUUGAGUACUCCUCUAGCGAGGAUGAAAGUGAGACAGGUUCUGAAUGGUCAGAUGGGGAAGAUGAGUGAAUUAUUUUGUAUUGGUUUCAUACUUUUGAAUACUUUUGAUACUUUUAGAAUCAACAAAUGGAAAAACUCACACAGAACAGUCAUUGAUAGAUUGAGGGUUCUUGUGCCAUCUUCCAAGGCCCAAAAUUAAUUUUGUACAAGUGUGAGGUAUGUGAAAUAAUUUCAUACAGCCUCCGUUCGUGGAUUUUGUAUCACUUUUUAUAUGAGUAUAAUACAACCCAACCAUGUACAAACUGAAUCAUAUCAUACUUUUGUCAGUGAUAAUUUGUUACAAAAAGGUUAAGGAAUAGUUACAGAUGUGUGAUAUUUGAUGGGAAAAUGAAAGUUUUUUAAAUUUCACUAUCAUUGAAAAAUUUUGAAUAAGAUGUUGAAAAGUGUAACAUUAAGGUUGAACCACAGUGGGCAACAAUUUGCUAUCACAGGUCUCUACUACAGACUGCCCCUUUUAUCUAACUCCAAAAUAAAUUGGCAGAAUGUUACUUAAUAAUUAAUUUCCUCUCAACAAGUAUACAAACAAAUUAGUGCCAGUUUGAACCUGGGCAACUUGUUUUGUUCUUUAGCUAGGACAAAGAUUCUGACCAAAAUUCUCCAUGUGCUAUGAAGAUAAUUUUCCUUGGAACCUGUUCAAUUGUCUUGUUACAGCAAAUAGUCAACUGGUUUGUUUUACCCAAAAUAGUAUUUUUUUAAGGGUGCUUGCUGAUUGUUUAAAGAAGCUUGAACUGCAAGUCAAUUUUAAGAGUUAAUUAUUGUUUAUUGAUGUUGUAACUUAUGAUUGUUACUUUAUGAAUUAAUUUUACAUUAUUGUCUUAUUUUAUGCUUUAUGUCUCUUUUGGUGCAACAAGUCCUUUGAUUUCCAAUUUGGUUUGCUAAUGUUUCUGACUUAAGUGUCUUGGUCUCCCCCCCAUCCCUCCCAAAAGAUAACAAAAAGGUUGCAGUAAAGUUCUGGUAGUAAUCACCUUUUUUAACCUUUUAAUCCCUACGAGUGACUGGCAUCCAAUUUGUCCUCACUUUAUUACCAUUGAUCCAAACAUUUAAGUCAUGAGAAUGAAAAAAAAUGAUCACCAACUUGUGAAGUUUGUGAUUGUUAAAGAAAUCCUCCUACUUAGUACCAUAGAAAUGUAUGGAGAAUACUAUAGUUAGGGCAUGAAAUAAGAAAAAGGAAAUGCUGGUAAAUGGGCAACUAAAAAGAGUCAUUUCUGCUGGAACUUAAUUACUCUUUUACUUUUGGUGUACAUUCAUACUUUGGUCAUAGGUUGCUUAUGAACAGAUCAGAUCUUUAUUGAAAAUAUUUGUUUUGUCACAUGUUUUGUUUCCAGAAUGGGUAAACUCCUCUUUGGCUGGUGACUGAUUGUUUACUUUACAAUCAAUAGCCAGAACUGUUAAGUGUGACUUUGCUAUUUUUCUUAAUGAAGAGAGAGCUAAAUGAGGGUAAACAUUUAGUUUUAACCUUAAAAAUCUGGAAUAUUGAUACAUGUAGCUAAAAUUAUGGCAGACUUGUAAAAAGCACUUUAAAGCCACAUGAAUUUUUUUUAUAAAUAAAAUAUGGUAUCAACUUUGUUGUUA